CGGCUGGCGGUAUGAGUCCAUCAGUCUGCCGUGAGCGAUGGCCGUGAGGACACUCGCAUUCGUCUCGAGAGAGCGAUAAGUCUCAGUGGCUCAAUUUGUUUACCAUUCGUCCAAGAACAUUAAGGAACCCGUGUUAUAAGCGACUAUAUAUAUAUAUAUAUAUUACAAGAUACAACUGCUAACGGAUAUAUACAAAAGUGUUAUAUCGCCAUAAGAAAAAGAAUUGUAGAGCAACUGACGUUUCCGGAAAAUAAAGGCGUUAUUUUUACUGUGGGUGGCGGAUAUAUGAAGUGUUGAAGGUGUCGCUGCGUCCACGUCGAGUGUUGUAGUGCAACACAAGUGUAGUGUAGUGUUGAGUGUAGUGUACAGUGAUCAAUGAUGAUGAAUGAAGUACAGGAAUAUGCACGUCAUGGGCCGCGUCUCCAGCCCCUGCUGGCCAGACAGAAGGCGCUGCCUGACCUGUGUCCCGCAGCAGAGACUAAUUCUGCCCACACCGCCCAGAAAGAGGAGGUGGGCCCGCCCGUGCCAUCCGUGGUGGUGAGGGGCGGUACGGGUACUACUACCACAGGAGGGGCGCUGUCGCCUACGGCAGCCCCCGGGGCGGCGCCAACUUUCCCAACCGUGCCCACUCUGGUGGGGGGCAAGUACUUGCUCACCCGCCCCCUCGACCACUCCGCCUGCCACGCAACACACAUCCACACCCGCCAGAGCCUGCUAGUCAAGACUCUAGACGGGCGGGCGGCGCACGACCUGGUGGCUCACCACGCUCUCAUGGGAGGGUGCGAGGGCGUGCGCUCCCCGCUAGAAAUGGUGGUGUCGGCGUGCAGGCGGCGGGCGUGGGUGGUGUUCCCAGCGCACCAUGGCGACCUCCACUCGUACGUGCGGGUGCGGCGGCGGCUGCGGGAGGUGGAAGCCCAGAGGCUCUUCGCCAAGGUUGCCGCCACCGUCGCCGCCUGCCAUGACGCAGGGCUCGUUCUCAGGGACUUAAAGUUACGGAAAUUUGUCUUCACCGACCCGGACAGACAGCAGCUAGAGCUGGAGAGUUUGGAGGACAGUGUGCUGGUGGGUGACGAGGACUGGCUCCAGGACAAGCAUGGCUGCCCCGCCUACGUUGCCCCAGAAAUCCUGACCUCUUCCUCCUAUUCUGGCCGUGCAGCUGACAUGUGGGGCUUAGGCGUGAUGCUCUACACCAUGCUGGUUGGCAGGUAUCCAUUCCAUGACUCUGAUACCUCAUCGCUGUUUGCGAAGAUAAGAUGUGGAGAGUUUAAAGUGCCAGAAUGGGUGAGUUCCCGGGCUCGGCAUUUAAUCACAGCCCUCCUCCAACGUGACCCAGCUCGUCGCCUUGCUGUCCAAGAUGUUCUCUCUCAUCCAUGGCUAACGCGACCUCCCCGUGACCACCCACUGAGGGAUCCCAGUGACCACACCGUCCCUACCAUGUUUGUGCAGCCAUCAAACCAUCUUUCACAGUCUCCAAAAGCCACAGCUACAACCUCCACCCACACACCAAGUUUAUUUGGUCUGUAGAAUACCACCAUCACCAGUUGAUCAUGUUGUGGCUGCCCACUUGUCCAUGGGGUUGCAUGAAAGACAUCAAAGGUUGCUGAUGUAGCCCAAAAGUUAUGAUAGUGUACCCUUAUCAGAGAUCUUUCACAUCUUCAGGGGUUCUAGGUAUACCAGUAAAGUGCAGUUCUGCACAACUUCAGGAAGUAAACCUAGAAUAUGGCCUACCAAGUAGACCUUUUAAUGAAAGCCUCCGCAUAAGAAUGUUGCUUUGUAUAUUUAGGGUUGUGACAAGCCAAAGCAUCAAAUGAAUUGUAGGGAAUGUUAUUUCUUACUCAAAAUUUUAAUAACUACAGUACAUGGUAGUCGGCUAAGAAGGGUCGUGUGACAGUGACCUGAUCAAUACAGCACACAGGAACAUAGGUGGAGGUGCUUUCCAAGCCUUUAAUUCAUUAAUAAUAGAUAUAGUAUUGUAUGGAAAUCCAAUCCUGUAAAGUUUCAGACAGUCCACUGUAAAUUUUGUAAAUGCUUUCCAUAUCAAAACAAUACAACAUGUAACUGAUAGGGACGUGUGUAGUAGUUUUACAAUUUCAACAUUUGUAUUAAAAUAAAAUACAUUAUAGUAAAGCCCUUGUGCCCCAAAUCUUAGAACAAAUAUUUUUUUCAAAUGUGUAUUUUUUAUGGAUUCCAGCUAAGCAACAAUGGCAGGGCAAGAAUUAUCUUUGGGUGUGCUCUGUUACAGUCAGGAGCAUGGUUGAAAAUCUGUGAUAAUUUGCAUCUUCAAGGCUAGUAGAUGUAGGUAAAUAUGCGUUAGAUUACAGUUUGUUCAAGUUCCAUAUCACAGGGUCUUCCUGGUGGUGUUAAUGUAUGUUUGGAGGCCAGGAGGACACAUGACAAGUUAUAGAUUUUGUGGACUUGAAGAUGCCUACAUGUCGUGAAGGAUAUUCUUUUUGGGAUCCUAUUAGCAUUAUGGUAUUUUAGGAUCAAUGGCAAGACAAAACGUUCUUUACCUCUUUCAUGUAUGUAAUUUUUUUUUUAAUAUUUUCUAUGAAUGGCAAGUAAAGUACAAGAUAAAUAAAUAGGGAAUAAGUGUUGUCUUGUGUGUGUGUGUGUACGUGUGUAAUUACUGUAUGUGCUUUUGCGUGAAGGCAACUGCUGUACACUGUAAAUGAUUUUUUGUGAGUUAUUUCCUGUUCAUGUGUUUGUGGCUAUAAUCUUUAUUAUACACUAAUUUUGUUGAGGAAAUUGUUGUUAAAAUAUUUGACACUUUUCAGUCAAGUACAGUAUGUGAUUUGUUUCAGUUUUUCAGUAUUUUCAUUAGUUUCUUUGCAUCUCUUUAACUUGAGUAAUGUCAACCAUACAAUAGACUUUUGUUAGUGAUGUGAAUACCAGUUGUUUCUGUACUGUACGUUAAACUGAUAAAAGGUUUGUAGCUUCUUUUAACAUGCAAAAUUCAUUAAAUUUAUUUAAAAUUUAAUCAUACAUGGAUAGGAACACAAAUCACAGCUUCUUGUCAUCCUUUGUGGAAGAUACCAGAAUCACCAUUACAAUUACUACAGAAUUGUUUUUGUCUACAGUCAUGUAUAUCAAUAAAGCUUUCCAGUAGUACUAAACUCUUGAUGUCUCUGCAUAAAAGAAACACGUUUCAGAUACGUAGACCUAGUGCAUUAAAGAUGCUCUCUGCAUUAUAAUAUGGAAGGCGUACCAUUGUAACAAAUGGCAAUAAUAACAGAUGACCUAGUUAACUUUGCGAGAAUAACAAAGCACAUGUCACCUUGGGGGAAACAUGAUAAAGAUCAAGAGGUCUUAAUGUCAGGCAACCUAACCUUCAGAAAGCUAGACAUAUGUAUUGUAUCAUGUAGAAUACUAUUCUAUUGUUCAUGUCUUUCAAGGCUUGAAUGUAGGAGAGAUCUACACACAUGAAUACUUUAAAGCAAGGUCUCUAAUUUGUGCUAAAAAAAUAAAAAAAUAAUAAUUUUGCACCUGUUACUACAGCAAACACAAUUAAUAUUAGAGAUUCCAUAACUAUGACGAGCACUGUCAGAUUUUCCAACUACCCUGUAUAAGAAAUAUUACAGGGAUAAAGUGAGAGAACUAAAAUACUGUACUGAACUUGACAGAUUUCUGCAUAUCAUAUCAGCCAUUGCAGAUGAAAAGCCACAAUAAUAUAGGUGAAAAUGUUGACCAAACCCCCCACACACAAGAAAUUUAAGAGACGACAACAUUUCUGUCCAUCCUGGACCAUUAUCAAGUUGAUUGUCGACUUGAUAAUGGUCCAGGACGGCCCGAAAUGUCGUCGUCUCUUCAAUUUAUCGUGUGUGAUUUGGUCAUCAUAUCAGCCAGGUUGUGAUGACCAUGAAAAACGGCAAGCAGCAAUAGCCUUAAUGAUCUGUUAAACUCCAAGGAAGCCUAGUUUCGGACCGGGCUGUACAAGUUACCAAACAAUCAACCUGCCACAUGUACCUAAAGAGAAUGUUCUGGGAAUGUUUUAAAAUAAUAGCAUUGUUGACAAUUUAUAAGAUAUUGAAUUGGUUGAAAGGAAUAGCAAUGAAAAUUGUUUUAACUGCAUCAUUUACAUGCAAACAGCUGUGCCACGCAUAAACUGUUGGCUCUCCAUACCCACCUUCAUUAAUAGUGUGUGUGUGUUAUGUGCAUGAAUCUGAAAUGAAUGGGUACUGCGUAAGUUAAUAUUAUUGUACAUGAAACUUUGGCAUGAAAAGAUGUAAUUAUAUUUUUUACAUUGCAUAAAAUAUCACUUAUGUUACUAUAACAGUUCUUUAAUGACUGAAAUGUUUAAUAUUUAAAUUUUUACUUUCUUUGUGCAAUUUUAAGCUAUCAUUGGCUAGGUGGUGAAUACCUAGUUAAUUGCAACCCUGUUUUAAGGUAACGCUGCAUGUGUCAAAUCUUCCCCACUUCUUCCGUUCUUUGCAUACAAGAGAUGAAAGGUAGCUAUAAGCUGGAAUGCUUAUAAUACUGUUCAGGACUUGGAGAGUUCAUAAGGAAGUGUUGGCAUUGAUCUUGUCAGGGGAUUGCACAUUAAUUAGUAUUGGGAAUUCUUCUUGGUAUGUAACCAAGAUAAUUUUGUGUAAAUAUGUAUUGCUUGCUGUAUAAUUGCAUUAUAUUUGCUACUUUGGUUGGCAGAGUUUCAUUCUCAGUACUGUACUAGUUUCUAACAAUAUUUCACAGUUGUUUUAGACUGAACAAAUUUUUUAAAUUUUCAAAAUGUUGCAUUCUCCUGACCGAUGUGAUUGUGUAAAUACAAGUUCAUUUUAGAUACAAAUAUUUAUUUCUCUAGAGCAUGGAAUGAAGUUUUGCAUCCAGACCCAAGGGUACUGCAUCUGUGGGUUGGUUGGUGUGCAUACUUAGAGGCACAGUGGGGAGGAUGGCUAGAUGAAACCAAACUAAAUGUUUCUUCAGUUGGCAAUUUUUGUUUUAUUUUAUUUAGCAGGUAUGCAGCAGGAACCCAUUUAAGUUUUUGUUAGUGAGAGUAAAUCGUGUUAAUAACAUCUCAUUCAAGUUUUGAACAACUGUUAGUGUUCUUAUUUGCAGUGUACGUAAGCAUCUCAACAUGAGCACUUCUUUGAAUUAAUGAACAUCAUCCUCUGUAAGUUAAGUGGAUGGUCUAGGCUCGUACACUUAGUUAGGCAAAGGCACUUCAAAUUAGAUGCUUGUCAAAUAAUGAGAAGAGCCAACUGUCAAGCUAAAGGUUACCGACAUUGGCACAGCUGAAAUUUCUUCUGAAGACAAAGCCAUGCUUUUCAUCUGCCUCAAGAAUGUCACUUUUGGAAUGAAAAAUACUGUGAAGGCCAUUAUAGUUUUCAUUUUAGUUCAACUAAUAAAUCAAUGAACAUGUGCAUAAGUAACACAAUUGUCCUAGUCUUAAAACAAUCUUGGUACCUAAAAGAAUUAUCACUUGCUACAAUGUCCCUGUAGCUUAACUUCCCAUUCUUUUGUUAGAUAAAUAUUAGUUCAGUUGCUUUUGCAAAUAUCUGUAAAUUCAGUAAUGUUUUUCGUGAUCGAUCCACUCGUGGCCAUAUAGUUAAUGCAGUUAGCUAAUAAUAUUAAGUGACUAAAAGUGGGUCAUUCAGCUCAGAAACCUUCAGGUACUAUCCAACAUAUUUAGCCUUUGCAUCUAGUAUAAUACUCAAAGCUUACGUUCUAUAAGAUCAGAAGACAAUCUAGCAUAAUGGAAGUGAGCAACACAAUAUACAUCUCGACUGACAUACUGAUGGGUUAUCUGUUUUGUCACUGGGGUUGUAGUCAGAUGAAGAGAAUUGAUUGAAAUAGCCAUUGUACUUGUAACAAGUAUAAUGUGCUAAUACAGUUUGGCUUCUACAGUAAUACUUACUGUCAAGUUCACAGAUGCUAUUUAGUUAAGUGAGUUUUACAGUCAAGUAAUUUUAAAGAUUCUCCUAUCAAACAAGUCUUCUGACUUAAAUUCUGUGUGACAUAACCAUGCUAUGAUGCUCGUGUACAUAUGUUUUGUAUAUAUUGUAAUGUGAAUAUUCCAUGUUAUAAUAAAAAGACCUUGUGAA